CUGCGGGUUUACCUCUUAAAAUCAGCCGGAGUGUCCGGAGAGAAGUGCGCCCGCUGAGAGCAUGGCUCCUCUGCAACAAAGGGAAACUCAUAGGCGGAAAGUUUAAAGGAAUAAGGAGCUGCAGAAUUUACCACCCGGAGACGCGGCUGAACACAAACUGAGGAGCGAUGCACUUCGUUAAAUGGGAUUUGUUGUUGAUUUUCUGGUGGUGUAAACUGGUUUCGCUGGCGCAUUGUUACACCGUUCACAUCAGUGAGGAUGCGGGGCCAAGGACGGUGGUGGCCAGCGUGGAGCACGGCGCACGGUGUACUUUGGAUCAGGUGCUAGCUCCCAAAUUCACGGAGCGGUUUUUGGAGACUGACGCGGCGGCGGGCAUUGUGUUUGUUUCGGACUCUGUGAAGUGCCCCUCGCUGCGCUCCAACCCCUUCACGUUGUACACUGUGGCUGACUGCACGGACUCCGGCUACAGGCACCUCCUCACCGGACAGUACGACGUGCAUGUUCACGGUAGGAACUGCUCAAACAAGCGUAAAAGAAAGACUCAGUGGGACAUGGAGGUCCUCAGUUUGUUCAGCAGCCAACACCACUCAGAGUGCCACCAAGCAGGCUCUGCUUUAUUUUCAGUAUGGGGUCUGCUACCAGGAGUCCCGGUCAGCUGCAAAGUCACCAACAGCCGUGACUUUUACUUCUCUGAGGGGGACUUGUUUGUGUCUGAGACGCUGUGCUGGAGGCAGGACACCCUCCUGGAGCUAGACCUGCUUUGUGAUGUGCUCACAGGAAAUGGAUUGAGUGCUAAAGUCAACCCCAUCUCCGUCCACUGGCGUGUGGGACGGGGCCCCUUCAGGCAGGGCCACCUAGGGAAGCUGUUAGAAAAGGCAGCCCAGUCUGAUUCAGGGAUUGUGAGCAGGAGGAGGAGAAGCAUCAACAGCAGCCCCCAGUUUCAGCCUCCAAUGUACCAAGUGUCUGUGGCAGAGAAUAAGCCAGCUGGGACUCCUGUUGUUAUUUUGAAAGCAGUGGAUGUGGAUGAAGGGGAGGCAGGCAGGCUGGAGUAUUUUAUAGAGGCCCUCUUUGAUAGCCGCUCCAACAGUCUCUUUGCUGUGGAUCCAGCCAACGGUGCCGUGUCCACAGUAGAGGUGCUGGACAGGGAGACAAAAGAUACCCAUGUGUUCCGUGUGACCGCAGUCGACCAUGGCACGCCUCGACGUACAGCCAUGGCCACCCUCACUAUCACAGUCAGUGACACUAAUGAUCACGACCCCGUGUUUGAGCAGCAGGAUUACAAGGAGAGCAUCAGGGAGAAUCUAGAAAUAGGCUAUGAGGUGUUAACUGUGAGGGCCACAGAUGGGGACGCACCUGUCAACGGUAACAUCCUUUACCGUAUCAUCAACAGUAACGGGUCCAGUGAUGUGUUUGAGAUCGAUUCGAGGUCUGGUGUGAUCCGCACCAAAGGCCUGGUAGACAGAGAGGAGGUGGAAGCCUACAUGCUGUUAGUUGAGGCAAAUGACAAAGGUCGUGACCCCGGGCCCCGCAGCGCCACAGCUACUGUCCACAUUGUGGUUGAGGAUGACAAUGAUAACGCUCCCCAGUUCAGUGAGAAACGCUAUGUGGUCCAGGUGCCAGAGGACAUGGCGCCUAAUACAGAGAUCCUGCAGGUCACCGCCACAGAUCAGGACAGAGGGAGCAAUGCUGUCGUUCACUUCAGCAUCAUGAGUGGAAACACCAGGGGCCAGUUUUAUAUUGACGCACAGACAGGAAAAAUGGACCUUGUGAGUCACUUGGAUUACGAGGCGAACAAAGAAUACACUCUGAGAAUCAGAGCUCAGGAUGGGGGACGCCCUCCCCUAUCCAACAUCAGUGGCCUGGUUACGGUGCAGGUGCUGGAUGUUAAUGACAACGCCCCCAUUUUUGUCAGCACCCCGUUCCAGGCCACCGUGCUGGAGAAUGUGCCGCUGGGCUACUCCAUCAUCCACAUCCAAGCCGUGGAUGCAGACUCUGGAGACAACUCCAGACUGGAGUAUCGCCUCACUGAAACCAUGCCAGACUUCCCCUUCAGCAUCAACAACAGCACUGGGUGGAUUGUAGUGGCAGCCGAGCUGGACAGGGAGAGUGUAGAUUUUUAUAACUUUGGAGUGGAGGCCUGCGAUCACGGCUACCCCGUCAUGUCCUCCUCAGCCAGCAUUAGCAUGACUAUUCUAGACGUCAACGACAACAACCCAGAGUUCACUCAGAAGGCAUAUUACAUGCGACUGAAUGAGGAUGCAGCCGUGGGAACCAGCGUAGUGACAGUGUCAGCUGUGGACCAGGACAUCAACAGCGUGGUGACCUAUCAGAUAUCCAGCGGAAACACCCGCAACAGAUUCUCCAUCACGAGUCAGAGUGGCGGCGGGCUCAUUACACUGGCGCUGCCUUUAGACUACAAACUCGAACGGCAGUACGUCCUCACUGUCACCGCAAGUGACGGUACACGCCUUGACACUGCAAAAGUGUUUGUUAACGUCACAGACGCCAACACACACCGGCCUGUGUUUCAGAGCUCACAUUACACUGUCAACAUUAACGAGGACAGGCCUAUGGGCACCACUGUUGUGGUAAUAAGUGCCACAGAUGAAGAUACAGGGGAGAACGCGCGCAUCACCUACUUCAUGGACGACAGCAUCCCUCAGUUUGACAUCGACGCAGACACGGGAGCCGUCACCACACAGAUGGAGCUGGACUAUGAGGACCAGGUUUCCUACACGCUUGCCAUCACCGCUCGGGAUAAUGGCAUCCCGCAGAAGUCUGAUACCACCUACCUGGAGAUACUUGUGAACGACGUCAACGACAACUCCCCCCGCUUCCUGAGAGACCACUAUGUGGGCUCUGUUAUGGAGGAUGUGCCGGUGUUCACCAGCGUGGUCCAGGUCUCUGCCACUGAUAGAGACUCCGGGCUCAACGGCCGUGUCUUCUACACCUUCCAGGGCGGGGAGGACGGCGAUGGUGAUUUCAUAAUUGAAUCCACCUCUGGCAUUGUUCGCACACUGCGCAGGUUAGACAGAGAAAAUGUGCCUGUUUACAGUCUGCAGGCUUUCGCUGUAGAUAAAGGCGUCCCUGCUCUGAAAACGCCGGUAAACAUCCACGUAACAAUCCUAGAUGUGAAUGACAACCCCCCUGUAUUUGAGAAAGAUGAGUUUGACAUUAUGGUGGAGGAAAACUCCCCCAUAGGCGUCGUGGUUGCACAUAUAUCAGCCACAGAUCCAGACGAAGGCAGUAAUGCACAGAUUAUGUACCAGAUAGUGGAGGGAAACAUCCCAGAGGUGUUCCAGCUGGACAUCUUCUCUGGAGAACUGACUGCAUUAAUAGACCUGGACUAUGAGAUGAGGUCUGAGUAUGUUGUUGUGGUCCAGGCCACCUCCGCCCCUCUGGUCAGCCGUGCCACGGUCCACAUCAAACUUGUCGACAAGAACGACAACGUGCCAGUGCUCAAAAACUUCCAGAUCAUCUUCAACAACUACGUGACCGACAAAUCAAGCAGCUUCCCCACGGGAGUGAUCGGACGUAUCCCAGCGCACGACCCCGACGUCUCGGAUCACCUCCACUACAGCUUCGACGUGGGAAACGAGCUGAACUUAGUCCUCCUGAACCAAAGCACGGGAGAAAUCCAGUUAAGCCAGGCCCUGGAUAACAACAGGCCCCUGGAGGCCUCCAUGAGGAUCUCAGUGUCAGAUGGUGUCCACUCAGUGUCAGCCCAGUGUCUUCUCCAAGUCACCAUCAUCACAGAUGAGAUGCUGUCCAACAGUAUCACGUUGCGGCUGGCCAACACCUCCCAGGAACACUUCCUCUCCUUGCUGCUGGCCCAGUUCCUCGACGGUGUGGCCCGCGUCCUGUCUGCCGCCCCCGAAGAUGUCGUCAUCUUCAACAUCCAAGACGACACGGACGUCAGCGCUCGCAUCCUCAAUGUCAGCCUCUCUGUGGCGGUGCCUGUGUUGGGGGAGGGACACCAGCGGCCUGGAAGUCUCAGCCAGGCAGUGGACAGGCUUGGGAGAGGGGUUGAAAGUGGAGGGGGAGAGUUUUUUGGCUCGGAGGAACUCCAGGAGAGGCUGUACUUGAACCGCAGCCUUCUAGCUAAGAUUUCCUCCCAGGAAGUUCUUCCCUUUGACGACAAUAUCUGCCUUCGUGAGCCAUGUGAGAACUACAUGAAGUGUGUGUCCGUACUGAAGUUCGACAGCCUGGCGCCGUUUGUUGCAUCAGAUACCAUCCUGUUCAGGCCCAUCCACCCCAUCGCUGGGCUGCGCUGCCGCUGUCCCACCGGCUUCACAGGAGACUACUGUGAGACAGAGAUUGACCUCUGCUACUCGAAACCCUGCGGAGCCCACGGUGUUUGUCGCAGCAGAGAGGGAGGCUACACCUGCGAGUGCCUUGAGGACUACACAGGAGAGCGCUGCGAGCUGUCGUCCCGCUCGGGUCGCUGUGCUCCGGGAGUCUGCAAGAACGGCGGCUCCUGUGUCAACCUGCUGGUCGGCGGGUUUAAGUGCGAGUGUCCACCGGGCGGCUACGAGAAGCCCUACUGUGAGAUGACCACGCGCAACUUUCCCCCGCACUCCUUUCUGACCUUCAAGGGCCUCCGCCAGCGCUUCCACUUCACCCUCUCUCUCACGUUUGCUACCAAAGAGCCCAACGGUUUGUUACUCUACAACGGCCGCUUCAAUGAGAAACAUGACUUCAUUGCCUUGGAAAUCAUCAACGAGCAGAUACAACUCACCUUCUCUGCAGGUGAGACCAAAACUACAGUUUCGCCGUACAUCCUCGGAGGUGUUAGUGACGGCCAGUGGCACGUGGUGGAGGUUCACUACUACAACAAGCCGGUCCUAAACCCGGCCGGCCUGCCGCAGGGCCCCUCGGAUCAGAAGGUCGUCGUAGUGACAGUGGACAACUGCGACACCUCUGUGGCCCUCAGGUUUGGUCACAUGAUCAGAAACUACACCUGCUCUGCUCAGGGCAGUCAGUCGGGAUCCAAAAAAUCACUGGACCUGACUGGCCCUCUGCUCCUCGGAGGGGUCCCCAAACUCCCAGAGGACUUUCCCAUUCGCAACCGGCAGUUUGUGGGCUGCAUGAAGAACCUGCGUAUUGACAACCAGCACAUAGACAUGGCCAGCUUCAUCGCUAACAACGGCACACUACCAGGAUGCUCAGCCAAACGACAUUUCUGCAUCAAUAACCCAUGUCUGAACGGAGGAACCUGCGUGAACCUCUGGGGCUCCUUCAGUUGUGAUUGCCCACUUGGAUUUGGAGGGCAGAACUGCGAAAGAGUCAUGGCCAGCCCACAGCGCUUCCUGGGUACCAGUCUGUUGCAGUGGAACAACAUGGCGGCCGCGGCGGCCUCCGUCCCGUGGCACGUAGAGCUCAUGUUCCGCACACGUCAGGCCAGCGCUACACUGCUGCACAUCUCUGCUGGCCUGCAGCACAACCUCACACUGCAGCUGCGCGGGGGGAGUGUGUUGAUGGCCCUGCACAGAGGGGAAGACUCAACGCUCUCCCGCGUGGAGGAGGUGCAGGUGAACGACGGAGACUGGCAUCAUUUGCAGCUGGAUAUUAGCAGCUUGGGGGGAGCAGCAAGCCACCACAAAGCAGUGUUGUCUUUAGACCAGGGACUCUACCUGGCCAGCAUGGAGGUGGACGGGAAGCUGCAAGACUCCAAGCUUAAGACUGUGAGCGUGGGUGGUUUGGCAACGCCUGAUGGGAAAGUUCAGCAUGGCUUCCGUGGCUGUAUACAGGGUCUGCGUGUGGGCGGGGCACUGAGUCUGUCUCAGGCGAGGAAGUUGAACGUGGAGCCGGGCUGCAGCGUGCCCGACCCCUGCAGCUCCAGCCCCUGUCCUGUCAACAGCUACUGCAGCGAUGACUGGGACAGCUUCUCCUGCACCUGCCUCGCUGGCUACUAUGGCACCAACUGUACUGAUGUAUGCUCAUUAAACCCCUGUGAGCACGAGUCGACGUGCACCAGGAAGCUGAGCUCCUCUCGUGGUUACACCUGUGACUGUCCCAGCAACUACUUUGGCCAUUACUGCGAGAAAAAGACCGACCUGCCUUGUCCCAGAGGCUGGUGGGGUCACAAGACAUGCGGCCCCUGUAACUGUCAGACGGACAAGGGCUUCGACUCGGACUGCAACAAGACGAGUGGAGAGUGUCGGUGCAAGGACAACCACUACCGUCCUGAAGGCAGCGACACCUGCCUGCUGUGUGACUGCUACCCGGUCGGCUCUUUCUCCAGAGCGUGUGACAGAGAGAGUGGCCAGUGUCAGUGUAAACCCGGUGUCAUCGGACGCCAGUGUGACCGCUGUGACAACCCUUUCGCUGAGGUUUCUCCGAAUGGCUGUGAAGUAAUCUAUGACAGCUGCCCUCAGGCCAUCGAGGCUGGGAUCUGGUGGCCCAGGACUAAGUUUGGUCUCCCUGCAGCAGUUGCCUGUCCCAAGGGAACACUCGGCACAGCGAUCCGCCACUGUGAUGAGCACAAGGGCUGGCUGCCUCCCAAUCUCUUCAACUGUACCUCCGUCACCUUCAGCAAGCUGAAAGCCCUGUCUGAAAGGUUUUCCCAUAACGUGUCGCUCCUGGACUCUGGACAGACAGCAGCCAUGUUGGCCAACGCCACGUUACACACAGAGAAGUACUACGGCAGCGAUGUGAAAGUAGCAUAUCGGCUGACGCAGAGUCUGCUGCAGCACGAGAGCAACCAGCAGGGCUUCAACCUCACAGCUACGCAGGACGUCCACUUCACUGAGAAUCUGGUCCGCGUGGGAAGCGCCAUCCUGUCUUCAGACACACGGCCGCACUGGGAGCUGAUCCAGCAGUCGGAGGGCGGUACAGCGGCGCUGCUGCGCCACUACGAGGAAUACGCAAACACACUGGCACAGAACAUGAGGAAGACCUACCUCAGCCCCUUCACCAUCAUCACACCACACAUAGUCAUCUCCGUGGAUCGUCUGAAAAAGAUGAAUUUUGCCGGAGCCAAACUCCCGCGGUACCAGUCCCUGAGGGGCCCUCGUCCUGCGGACCUGGAGACGGCUGUCACGCUGCCUGACUCAGUCUUCCAGCCGCCUGUGGACACAAAGGGCCACAGACACCUGGAUGUCUUCCCAGAGUCCUCGCUGAGGAACCGCUCAGCCAACAGGAAGAGGCGCCACCCUGACAACAGCCAGCAGGACGCCAUCGCCAGUGUGAUCAUCUUCCACAGCCUGGCGUCGCUGUUACCAGAGAGCUACGAUCCUGACAAGAGAAGUCUGCGAGUGCCAAAGCGUCCGGUCAUCAACACGCCGGUGGUCAGCAUCACAGUCCACGACAACGACGAGCUGCUGCAGCACGCGCUGGACAAACCCAUCAUUGUGCAAUUCCGCCUGGUCACCACUGAGGAGCGCUCCAAACCCAUCUGUGUCUUCUGGAACCACACGAUACUUGCCGGGAACGGCGGCUGGUCAGCGAAGGGCUGCGAGGUGGUUUUCAGAAACAGCACCCACAUCAGCUGUCAGUGUUAUCACAUGACCAGCUUCGCCGUGCUCAUGGACAUCUCCCGGAGAGAGAACGGAGAGAUUCUGCCAAUCAAAAUCCUGACGUGGAGCACAGUGGGGGUGACGCUGGGCUUCCUCUUCCUCACCACGGUCUUCCUCCUCUGUCUGAGAGCCAUGCAGUGCAACAAGACCAGUAUAAUCAACAACGGAGCCACCGCUCUCUUCCUCUCAGAGCUCAUCUUCAUCCUGGGCAUCAACCAGGCAGACAACCCCUUCUUGUGCACUGGCAUUGCCAUCCUGCUGCAUUUCUUCUACCUCUGCACUUUCUCCUGGCUUUUCCUGGAGGGGCUGCACGUCUACCGCAUGAUCAGCGAAGUGCGAGACAUCAACUAUGGACCCAUGAGAUUCUACUACCUGAUUGGCUGGGGAGUUCCCGCCUUCAUCACAGGUCUGGCAGUGGGACUGGACCCUGAAGGCUAUGGGAACCCAGACUUCUGUUGGCUGUCUAUGUAUGACACGCUCAUCUGGAGCUUUGCUGGACCCAUCGCCUUGGUGGCGUCGAUGAACAUCUUCUUGUACAUCCUGUCGUCCAGAGCUUCCUGCGCACUGAGACACCACAGCGUUGAGAAGAAAGAGCCCCGUGUGUCAGGCCUGAAAACCGCAGGUGGCGUUCUCUUCCUGGUUUCAGUCACGUGUUUUCUGGCACUCCUCUCUGUCAACAGCGACAUGAUCAUCUUCCACUACCUGUUCGCUGGGUUCAACUGUGUGCAGGGUCCUUUUGUUUUCUUCUUCCGGAUUGUCUUCAAUAAGGAAGCAAGGAAUGCCAUGAAAUACUGCUGCAGCCGCAAGCGCCCAGAUCAUAUGAUCAAAUCCAAGGCCUCUGGCUACAAAUGCAACACAAACUACAUGGACGGCCGGUUGUACCACCUUCCCUUCGGAGACUCAAGUGUGUCUCUGAACGGCACCAUGCAGAGCGGCAAGAGCCAGCAGAGCUACGUGCCGUUUGUCCUCAGGGACGACGGGCUGAGCAACAGUCAGGCGCACAUCGCUCUGAACGACCACGCGUCACUGUUCCAUGAGACUAAAGAGCACUUGGAUGAUCGUGACAGCGACUCUGACAGCGACCUGUCUCUAGAGGACGACCAGAGCGGUUCCUACGCCUCCACACACUCCUCCGACAGCGAGGACGAGGAGGGUCCACUCCCCCCUGAGGAAUGCUGGGAAAACCUGGCGUCUAAUGUGGGCAAGAGACCACAACCGCACGACAACACUCUGAGUAAGAAGUACUGGCCUGGAGAUUACACAGCGGCAGUGAGCGACAGCGAGCUCGGAGGCAAUCCAGAGCAGAGUCUCGGCCGCGAUGCCCAGACUUUAUCAGACAUCCGGGCGCAGCAGGACACCAUGACGCUGCUGCUGCCCAGUCUGCCAAACCUCCACGCCCACCCUCACAAAGGGAUCCUAAAGAAGAAGCAGCUUUCUCCCAUCGUAGAGAGGAAUGGUCUCAACCGCCUCCACAAUGAACUUUCUGAAAAUGCCCCUGGCGCUGCGUCUCCGCAUGGAUCAUCAUCUAGUGACGGUCGGGCCGGCCUGGUUAAACCCAGCCUGCCGGAUCAGCUGAACGGUGUCGCCAUGAGAAUCAAGGCAGGGACGGUGGACGGUGACUCAUCAGGAUCAGAGUCAUAGAGCCUCCUUCCUCAACACUGACUGCAAACAGGGAGAACCGGACUUCCCCCCAAAAACAAAUGUGAAGAAAAAAAAAAGGAAUUCCCCCUCAUCGUCAUGAUCCUCUGAAAAAGGAUGUGUGUGUUGUACUGUAUGUGUGUGUUCAUACAUGUGUGCCAAACCUCAGAAGUCACUGCACUGGCCCAGGCUCAUGCACACUGACAGAAUGAGUCUCACUCUCCCUUUAAAGAAAUCAUUUUGUUUACAUACUUGAAGCAAUGCACUUUUUUUGAUUUACUGCCCAGAUUUGUUGGCAGUCGAUUCUUUUAUUUUUAAUUUUUUGUAGUGUUUUUUUUUUUUGUUCCAGGAUAUGUUUUGUUUUGAAGACUGUGGAACAAUAAAGAGGUCAUGUGUUUUUUGGGGUGGGUCAUUUAAGUGUAGACUUGCAAACAUUCAGGGAAAUUUCCUUUUUCAUGCAUAAACUACUUGUUGAUUUCUUCCUGGUUUGCCUGCUUCUGUUGGAGCUGUUAGUGUUUGUGCCAGUCUGAGGAGUUCAGACUCAGGUUAUUGAGUUACUUUCCAUGCCUGAAAUGUCCAGGAGGCACAAAGACUGUCGCGUGCAGGUCGUUCGCAGAGGCUCCCCAUGGCAUUUCUGAACUUGAAAAUGAGGAAAGAAUCGCUGUACACGCCUGUUAACAGACAUAAGCUAUUUCUCAUUGAUGAAGGAUGUUUCCACAGACAACAGCUGUUCACAGCUGCACAGACUGACGGCCUUCUGCACUGCCCAGCCUUCCAGGGGGGGACCUGCAUGUGCAGGACUCAAAAGGACUUUUGAUACAUCUUUUUUUUUUUGUAAAUCACAGAGAGCACAUUUUUUAUGGACAUUAAAAGUGCUCUAAUCAUUUUA